GAAACUACAAGCACUUUGAAAUGGCAAACACGUUGUUUAACAUGUUUUCCUGCUGGUAAUGGAUAUGCUGUAGGAAGUAUUGAGGGAAGAGUUGGAAUACAAUAUUUUGAUGAAAAAGAAAAUCAAGAAGGCAACAAUGUUUACUCAGUGAAUGCAAUAUCAUUUCAUCCAGUUUAUGGUACGUUCUCAACUGCCGGAAGUGAUGGCACAUUCAUCUUUUGGGAUAAAGAUUCAAAAUCACGCCUUAAAGGCUUUGCUAGCGUCGGUACACCAAUAACCGCUUCCGAUUUCAAUAGAACUGGCACUAUCUUUGCUUAUGCUGUAAGCUAUGAUUGGAGUAAAGGAUACCUUCAAUAUCCACAACUUCCUUCAAAAAAUGCAAUCUAUCUGCACGCUGUAAAAGAAGAAGAUGUUAAACCAAAGCAAUCAAAAAAACGUUAA